AUGCCACGCGCGCUGCGCUUCCAGCGUCGUCAUGGCUUCUUACAGAGCUUCCCAGUGUAUUUGACGCAGUGUGUUCUCCAAGCAGUGAUCCUCAAUGGCCAAAACGUGGCGGAGACGAACGAUACGAACGCUUCUCGCCCUGCUGGCGCAGUCAACGCCGCUGUUAUGCGCGCCAAGUUCAGCACCGUGGUGAAAGGUAUCCAUCUCUCAUGGGCUGAAGCUCUGGUCGAGUUUUUAUCCAAGAAAGCUGCCACUUUAGACGAGUUGACGGCGGAGAAGCUGGAACUGGCAGUUAAUCCCGCAGGGUUAUCCAUCUCUGCGGACAAGGACGACGUCAUCUACGCCUGGAGUCGACGACAAGAGGCCGUCAUGUGGAUUCUGGCUCGCAAGCUCCACUACGGAUCGUUCUUACCAGCCAUGAAGUGCAACGUGGACGCGUCUCCGGCCGUGUAUCUGUUCACCCUGAUGUUUGACGUGCUCGCAGUAUCGAGUGAAUGUCCUCAGUGGGGCACCUUCCGGCUGAACGCUUUUGGAGCCAAAGUUCUUGCGUAUCUGUGGAACCACACGCUCACCAAGUUGCCGUAUGUGUUUUUCGCGGACUGGUCAUGGCUGGAAGAUCAGUCGACGAAGGAGGAGCUCCCGGCGUUGGCUUUCUGCCACUUAUUAGCCAGUAUUCUUCUGUGGAACAGCGCGAUUGAUCACCACAGCUUGACGAACUGCAAAAUCUACGCGGCUGCGGUCAAGCACCUUCUGCCCAAACUUUACGUUGACGGCCGGGCGAUUCAUGACUCCGUGGAGUCGACGACUCUAUUACUGGCAGAGUGUAAGGCUACACACAUUGAGCUGCUUGAUCUGGACGGCACGUUCGCGUCGAUCCUCGGGCUGGAUGGCUUCUUCGAAGUCACGGAAGCUAUUCAGAACAAAAUGUUAGCUGUGGCUGCGGCUGCGAAACAUUCUACGUCAACAUGA